AUGAAUGAUCGGAACCUACAAGAUGCUUUAUUCGGCAAAAUCAAUUUUUUUGUGGAUACUCUAGCUCAGUGUGCCUGCACCGAAGUCAUCUUGAACUCGGCCAACCAAGUAGACAAAGGCCACUUGCGAGUAGCCCUGGUCAGACUUUAUAAAGAUAUCUUAAAAUACACAGCGCAUAUAAAAAGGACACGAGACUCCAGCACGGCAUAUAAUGGAUGGGGCCUGGUCACAACGUUCACAGAGCAGCCGUUCACCGAGCUGAAUGCUCCUGUCACGACUGAAGAGGACGCUAUAUCCUCACUAGCUGAAUCGAUCCAGCAUUUACAUUGUGAGGCCGAGGCAAGGGAAAUCCUUCGUCAAAUCGAUCAACUGACCGAGUCUCUGCAAUGCGGAAGCCUCCGAUACAUUGUGGAUAAACUACCUAUGGCGGAAGAAGCGCAUCACAAAUCCCUUUCUAAUACCCAUGAGGCGAUCUGCCUUCCAGGUACUAGAACUGAGCUUCUUACUCUAAUCUCCAAGUGGGCAGAAUCUGCAGACAGCGAAACUAUCUUCUGGCUGAGUGGGAUGCCAGGCACAGGAAAGUCCACAAUCGCCCUAACAGUUGCAAACUUGUUCGAAGAAAAGGAUCAGCUUGGCGCCACGUUUUUCUUUAAGCUAGGAACGGUGGGACGCGAAUCUGCACGAUAUUUGUUUCCCACUAUUGUGAGACAAUUGAUUCUUCGCCAUCAGCAACUGAUCCCCGCUGUCAGGGCUGCAAUGGAGGACGAUCCUGAUCUUCCGCACAGAUCACUGAGUGUGCAGUUCGAAAAGCUUAUCCUGCAACCGCUGCUCAGCUUACGACUUAACCAAUCUACCAGAACCGUGAUCGUCAUUGAUGAAUUGGACCAAUGUGAUGAAGAUGACAUACGAGUAAUUCUUCAACUCUUACCAAGGUUGCGGAGUUCGCAAUCUGUAAGUCUCCGGAUAUUCUUAACAAGCCGGCCCGAACUUCCCAUACGGCUUGAGCUCAUGCUUUCUAAUGACCACCGUGGUGAGAGUCUUGAUGAUCUAUCUGCAUCAGUGAUUGAGAACGACAUCAGACUGUUCUUGGAACACGAAUUAUGGCAGAUAGGCUAUGAAAAGGGUCUGUCCACACGUUGGCCCGGAAGUGAAAUCAUAGAAAGGCUGACCAAUAUGAGUACUCCUUCGUUUUUUUACGCGGCAUUAGUUUGUCGCUAUAUUGGAGACAGACAUUGGGACCCGAUACAGCAACUAGACCAUAUUCUCUCUGUACCGCACAAACCUCUGGAAACAAUAUACCUGUCUGUCCUGAAUCAGUUACUCGACCAUGCUGAUGAGAAUAAAACCAAGGAUUUCAUUCAAGAGUUUCAAGAUACGGUGGGCGUCAUCGUUCAUCUUGCUACACCUCUUUCAGCGCCGACUCUGGCACAGUUAGUCAAUAUGCCUGUAGACAACAUCAAGAAAUCGCUGAAGAGCCUUCAAACUAUUCUCAAUAUACCUGAAGAUGUGGAUGCACCAGUCAAACUUCUCCAUUUUUCUUUUCGAGGGUUUCUCAACAGCACAGAUACCCAAUUCCGUGUGAGCGAGGCAGAGACACAUGCAAAGAUAACUUCGCAUUGCUUUAGGGUCAUGGGCCAACAUCUGAAACGAGAUAUAUGCAGGGUUUCUAGAGCAGAAGCACGGGGUGUUGAUGUUCCAAUUGAUGUUAUCGACAAAUGUUUCCCCUCAUCUCUACAGUAUGCUUGUAGCUACUGGGCUCAUCACCUCAUGCGAGCCGAUUCAAGUCUUAUAAGUGAAGUGGAAAUUCGAAAGUUCCUCCAGCAGCAUUUGCUUCAUUGGCUCGAAGCUCUAAGCUUGAUCGGAAAAGGCUCUGAGUCCAUCAUUAUGAUGUAUCAGCUACGUGAACUCUGCCUGGCUGCAGAAGAUACUCGACUGGCCGCUUUUAUUAAUGAUGCGUGGCGAUUUGCGUGGCAAAAUCGUUGGAUUCUCGACAAUGCUCCGUUGCAGUUAUACUCUUCAGCAAUUAUAUUUGCACCUAAAGAGUCCGUCGUUCGCAGCGCAUACGAGCACAUCAUCCCUGCCUAUGUGCACCGGUUGCCACAAUUUCAACCAACAUGGGGUGCGGGAUUGGCCAUGCUUAUGGGCCAUGACAAGGCCGUGAGUGUCAUAGCGUUCUCACCGGACAAUAGGCUAAUCGCGACGGCAUCGUGGGACCACACCGUAAUUAUAUGGAAUGCCGCUACUGGAAGAGAGCUGCAGAUCUUGCACGGUCAUACAAAUGUAGUCUGUGCGGUUGCCUUCUCUGCUGACUCCAAAAUGCUUGCUUCUGCAUCCUGGGAUGAGACCGUCCACCUGUGGGACUCGCGGACCGGCCUACUGAUGCAUACGCUACACUCUGUCUCCACCGUUACAGCGGUAGUGUUCUCUCCAGAUGGCCAGCAUAUCUCGUCCGCAUACGCGGAUCGAGUGACCAUUUGGAAUUCUGCGACCGGGGAUUUACAGGGCAUGCUCCAACUCCAUUCUAGCGUGAACGUAAUCACUUUCUCGCCGGACGGCAAGCUUAUUGCCGCUGGCUCAGACGAUGGCCUGGUGAUACUGUGGGGCGUAGAUGCAGAAAGACUUUGUAGGAGCUGUGAUGGCCACUCUUUCAGUGUGGAGGUCGUUCAAUUCUCACCCGAUGGUAGACUUUUGGCGUCUGCAUCGUCAUCAGAUGAUGGAAUCAUCAUGCUCUGGGACCCCGCAACUGGGGAGUUCAAAGGCUCUCUCAUUGACCAUCUUGACUACGUUAGUGAUGUGAAAUUCUCAUUGGAUGGGAGGAUGCUGGCGUCUGCCUCGGGCGAUGGUACCAUAAAGCUCUGGGAUAUAGGGACAGGUCAGGUUUCCAUGACCUUAGCGCAUGGGCAGUGUGCCGUGACAAUGAUCGAUUUCUCGCCUGAUUGCACGCUGAUAGCAUCGGCAGCUGCAGACCGGUGUUUGAGAUUGUGGGACGCGGGAACCGGAACGCUUAUUAGCACGCUGAAAGGUCACACGGCCCCGGUGAAUGCCAUCGCAUUCUCCCGCGAUGGAUCGCUUCUUGCUUCUGCAUCCAGUGACAGCACAAUCUGGCUCUGGGAUGUGUAUCAAGCCCGUUCGGUGGCCUAUGAAAACAAUGCCAAGGGGGUCCAGAAGCUCGCAAUCUCUCCCAAUGGCUUGCUCGUCGCAUCUGCGAACACAACAGAGCCCAGGGUCAGGCUCUGGAGCACUACCACAGGACUCCCCUGCGGGUCAUUUGAUACCAGAUCACCAGUACGGCAACUUUCGUUCUCAGACGACGGCUCAUAUCUGGAAGCGAACGAAGAGCAUUUUGAUGUAGAGUCUAGCACUGAGGCGGCUCCCUCUACAGUCAAAUGCGAUAAGCCCGUUUCUAUCGACCAGGGCUGGAUUUGUAUGAAGUCGGACAAGCUUUUCAAGAUCCCUCAGGGAUAUAGUGCUGCUACUAUCGGCGGACUGAUUGUCUUGAGCGAUCCGGCUGGCGAAGUCUCAUUCUUAGAAGUGUCUCUGGACUAG